UAUUUUUAUUAGUUACGUCUUCGCGCUUUUAAUUUGUAAAUAUUUUACCCAAAUAAGAAUAAUAUUUGUGAUUCCUGUUGUUUUUGAUGAUGCGCUAGCACUAUUUGAAUCUCAAUGUCAUCAUUUAGCUAUAGAGCUGAACGUAAUAAUGUAACCUACCAGACUUUUUGAGACUGUUGGCUCUGUUUAUUCCGUACAAUGGGUGACGUGAUAAAUAUGUAUUAUACUACCUCCUAGAAGAGAUUUCUUUAGAAAUAAGUAGUGACUUUGUAAAAAGUUUUCUUUAGUUCAUAUUCUUUGUCUUUUUCUUCUUGUACAUACAAAAAGUAAUGAAGCUUCUUAAAAUCUUUGAAAAGUAAAAGUGUGAAUCAAAUAAAUGAUCGAUCAUGUAACUACGUCUACCACCAAUUCGUGGUAUAAUAUGCAAGUUUAAAAUAAUAUAACAAAAAAUAAAUUAAAAAAAUUAACUCACUUCGUAAUAAUUGUGUACUGACUAAAACAUUUACAAUGAAACAUAAUCACAAUAACCUUCUCUUCUCACCGAAUGUCGGAACGUCAAGGUGAAAUGCACUAACGCCAUCUCUUAUCGAGUAGCCGAACUAACAUCCUGUUAUUUCGUUACCUUGACCGCCUGAAGUCUGAAGGAUAUUGAUAAAACAAAUUGCUAUUGCCGUGUAAUUAUUUUGUAAAACAAUGGAAGAUCCAGAUAAGAAAAUAAGUGUUUUAUGUCUAGGCCCCAAAGGUUCAGGCAAAACUACGUUAUUGAAGAAACUGCAAAACGCUGAAGGUAUUGAUUAUACCUACAGUCCCGUGCCAACAAUAGGGACUAACAUUUACGAUGUACAUUAUUUUAAUAAACACGGGAAGAAACAGGUGCUGUCGGUGAGAGAAGUCGGGGGAGAGAUGGCGCCACUGUGGGGGAACUAUUUGGACGGAGUGGAAAAGAUAAUAUACGUGGUCGACACUUCAAAUCUUUGCCAGAUAUCUGCAGCCGCUGUUCUUCUGUACACUCUUCUAGCAGAACCACGGCUAAGGACUGCUAAGUUCAUUCUAGUGUUGAGCAAGAUGGACGCGGCUUACCGUCAGAUGCGCAACGAAGCGCUACUCAUGCUGCAGCACGCGCGGCUCAGCAAGGAACUGAAGAAUGCUCCAAGGUUGCUGGAGACGUCUCCGCUCACUGGCGAGGGCAUUGAAGAGUUGAGAGCUUUUCUGGCAGAGCCCGUCAAAUCUCCUUUAAAGAUUAACAAUUAGUAGAAAAUUUUUAUUAAAAAUGCUUUGUUUAUAACUGUUUUUAUGUGCAGUUCAGUUAGAAACCCCAGAAAUAAGCCGCUUUCCUUGGGCUGUGAGGCCGCAUUGAUUUGUGUCUCUAAGUUAGAAAAAAA